AUGUGGAAAGUAUACAUAGUCGCGAGGGCGGCAAUGAGUAAACUGGUCGCAGCACUGACCUCGAGCUUUCCCCUAGAAAACUGUGCGGAGGAACCGGCACAGCGAAUGAGAAUGGCACGCAAAGCCAGUUGGUCGUCGAACCAGUUUGUAGCCAUCAAACUGCCUAAUAAAAAAGAGCAAUCAAAACAGGAUAGGAAUCGGACGGACCAAAGCUACCACGAAGCCCAACGAGACAACACUCCGGAGUGGGCAAAAGAAGAUAAUGAGUUGCACAUCGUGAUAUCAGGCAUCGCUGCACCAACGAGAAGGAGGGAAAGGAAGAGACCGUCAAGAUGGGGCCUAGAACUAACGAAGAUUUUUGACAGCAAACGUCGGGACGACGUUUGA